CCGUGCGCGCACGCGGCGCAUUUUAGCACCCAAUCACCUCACACCCAACUCACGCACUUUCUCUCUCCUUAUUCCCCGCGAGGGAGAAAGAGACCAGAGACACCAAAAAUAUUUUCUACUCUGUUUUCAGCUCUCUCUCUCUCCCCGACAUUGUAUCUUGGAUUUCCAAUUCCCUCCAUAUCAUCCUCGAUAAUUCUAUAGAGCAGGAUUUACUACUUGUUUCAUGGCUCCAGCCACCAUCUCCUCGCCUCCGGCGGCCGCUAGGAUGCUAGUCGGGUCGCGGAAGCGGACGGAGGCACUUCCAUUUCAUCCAUCGCCGUUUCCUCCGAGGAAGAAGAUGAAGUCGAUGGUGGAGAUCAUGGCCAAGGCGCCUUACGCUGUGAUAGAGCGGGAAGACUAUGGAGACGUGUACUGCGAGCAAUGCGCCUUGGGGGACAAAGAUGACGAGCUGCUUCUCUGCGAUAAAUGUGACAAAGGCUUCCACAUGAAAUGCGUGAGGCCGAUCGUUGCUCGCGUUCCCAAUGGGUCCUGGCUUUGCCCUAAGUGUGUGGGUCGCCGUCGAGUAGGAAGUUUCUCGCAGAAGAAGAUUAUCAGUUUCUUUGGGAUUGAGAAGUGCACUGACAAGAAUGAUAAAUGGGAACCAGUUCAAGAUGCUAGAAGGCGUCGGAGACGUACUGGAUCAUUGGUCUUGCAGAAGAAGAAGAGGAGACUCCUGCCAUUUGUUCCAUCAGAAGAUCCUAACCGGAGAUUGGCACAAAUGCGCAGCCUUGCUUCUGCUUUAACAGCAUUGCAGAUGGAAUUUUGUGAUGAACUGACCUAUUUCUCAGGCAUGGCGCCUAGAUCUGCCAAUCGAUCCAUAUUUGAAAGUGGAGGGAUGCAGAUUCUUUCCAAAGAUGAUGCAGAGACCUUGGAAUACUGCAGAGCAAUGUCUAGAAGAGGCGAAUGUCCUCCCCUUAUGGUGGUGUUUGAUUCAUGUGAAGGUUAUACAGUAGAAGCGGAUGGUCCAAUUAAGGAUAUGACAUUUAUUGCAGAAUAUAUAGGUGAUGUGGAUUACUUAAAAAGGCGAGAACGUGAUGAUUGUGAUAGUAUGAUGACCCUUCUUUUAGCAAAAGACUCGUCUAAAAGCCUUGUUGUCUGCCCCGACAAAUGUGGAAAUAUUGCUCGCUUCAUCAGUGGCAUCAACAAUCAUACUCCGGAAGGCAAGAAGAAGCAGAAUUGUAAAUGUGUGAGAUACAGUGUAGAUGGUGAAUGCCGGGUCCUUUUGGUUGCUACUCGUGAAAUCGCUAAAGGGGAGAGGCUAUAUUAUGAUUAUAAUGGAUAUGAGAAAGAAUACCCUACUGAGCAUUUUGUUUGAGAUACCAUACAAAUCAUCUCUAACAAUCCUACAGAACUGGGAUGCAAUUUUGUAUCCAGAUAGGUCCUUUUUAUUCUUUUUUUUUUUCUUCCAUAGCAUAGUCAUUGCUGCAGAAACAAAAACAUUACAUAAAAUUGUAGCUAGGGACCAUUUAUUGUUAUUUAUGAUGUAGAGCUGGCCUGUUUAGUGGCCAUGAGAGAAAUAGAGCAGGUGAAGAAGAUUUACCUUGAAUUUAGUAGAGCUUAAAAAAUUAGAUGUCCAGGAACUUUGUUCAAGAAGCAACAUCCUUUGUAUGCAAAGUUGAAUAGAAGUCAUUUUCCUUGUGAA